GGGGCUGCGCAGUAGGUGCGCGUUCGCCGGUGCGCCAGCGGGGCUGGUUCGGACUCGCUGCGGCCGGCCGGCCGGGAGGCGCCGAGGCCCUGGGACUGGGUUUCACGGCGACAGCCUGGGCUGCACGGAGAGGAGCCGGCGGGGGAGCGGGGGUUCAGUAUCGGCAAACUGUACAGUGCCAGUUGUGUAGAUUUUGAAAAAUGUCUGAAGUUUAGUGGUUGCAUCUACCUCCUACCUGGUCUCCAUCUUUUAAGAAAGAAUAAAUGUGAUGUCCGAGGAAAGAGCUACAUUUAAAAAGAGUCUUGCAAAUGGCUUCAGAAUCUGUGAAUGGAAAGCAAGCAAGGAAUCACUUCACAAAGGGAAAAAAGCAACAGCAGCAGCAGAUAAAGAACAGAUCUUCAGUUGGUGAUGGUGAUGGAGAAGACUCCUUUAUUUUUGAAGCAAAUGAAGCUUGGAAAGAUUUUCAUGGCUCUCUUCUUCGAUUUUAUGAAAAUGGAGAACUUUGUGAUGUCACACUAAAGGUUGGUUCAAAGCUCAUCUCUUGUCACAGACUGGUAUUGGCUUGUGUUAUUCCCUAUUUCAGAGCUAUGUUUCUCUCUGAAAUGGCUGAAGCCAAGCAAACGUUGAUUGAGAUCAGAGAUUUUGAUGGUGACACAAUAGAGGACUUGGUAAAGUUUGUCUAUUCUUCACGGCUCACUCUGACUGUUGACAACGUCCAGCCUCUCUUAUAUGCAGCCUGUAUUCUGCAGGUAGAGCUGGUGGCCAGAGCUUGUUGUGAAUACAUGAAGUUACAUUUUCAUCCCUCCAACUGCCUGGCAGUCAGAGCCUUUGCAGAAAGUCACAACCGCAUAGACUUGAUGGACAUGGCAGAUCAGUAUGCCUGUGAACACUUUCCUGAAGUAGUGGAGUGUGAAGACUUCGUAAGUGUGUCCCCUCAGCACCUGCACAAGCUUUUGUCCUCCAGUGACCUGAAUAUUGAGAAUGAGAAGCAAGUCUACAGUGCUGCCAUCAAGUGGCUUCUUGCUAAUCCUCAGCAUCAUUCCAAAUGGUUGGAUGAAACACUGGCACAGGUUCGUCUGCCAUUGUUGCCGGUUGACUUUCUUAUGGGUGUUGUGGCAAAAGAACAGAUUGUGAAGCAAAAUCUAAAAUGCAGAGAUUUAUUGGAUGAAGCAAGAAAUUACCACCUUCAUUUGAGUAGCAGAGCAGUACCCGACUUUGAAUACUCCAUUCGGACUACCCCAAGAAAGCAUACUGCUGGCGUGCUGUUUUGUGUAGGUGGUCGAGGAGGAUCUGGUGACCCCUUUCGCAGUAUUGAAUGCUAUUCUAUCAACAAAGACAGUUGGUUCUUUGGACCAGAAAUGAAUAGCCGAAGGCGACAUGUGGGUGUAAUCUCUGUGGAAGGUAAAGUGUAUGCAGUAGGUGGACAUGAUGGAAAUGAACAUUUAGGUAGCAUGGAGAUGUUUGAUCCUCUCACUAAUAAAUGGAUGAUGAAGGCAUCAAUGAACACAAAGAGGCGAGGAAUUGCCUUGGCCUCCUUGGGAGGCCCAAUUUAUGCAAUUGGAGGUUUAGAUGAUAAUACUUGCUUCAGUGAUGUGGAGAGAUAUGAUAUAGAAUCAGAUCAGUGGAGUACAGUGGCACCAAUGAAUACACCCCGUGGAGGAGUUGGCUCUGUGGCUCUAGUGAACCAUGUUUAUGCAGUAGGUGGCAAUGAUGGAGUGGCUUCUUUAUCUAGUGUGGAGAGGUAUGAUCCACAUCUAGACAAGUGGAUAGAAGUUAAAGAAAUGGGUCAACGAAGAGCAGGCAAUGGAGUUAGUGAACUUCAUGGUUGCUUAUAUGUUGUUGGUGGUUUUGAUGAUAAUUCACCUCUGAGUUCGGUUGAGCGGUAUGACCCUCGAAGCAACAAGUGGGAUUACGUGGCUGCACUUACCACUCCCAGAGGUGGAGUUGGGAUCGCAACAGUGAUGGGCAAAAUCUUUGCAGUUGGUGGUCAUAAUGGCAAUGCAUACUUAAAUACAGUAGAAGCAUAUGAUCCAGUUUUGAAUAGGUGGGAGCUUGUGGGAUCUGUGUCUCACUGCAGAGCUGGAGCAGGCGUAGCUGUGUGUGCUUGUUUAACUAGCCAAAUCCGAGAUGUAGGUCAUGGGUCCAGUAAUGUGGUUGACUGUAUGUGAUUUGAGUUCCACCCACCAACAAUUUAGUCCUAUCUGAUGGUCAAGAAAAACAACCAAGAUUUUGAUAGGACCACCUUUGAAGUUUUAACUAUAACUAGAGUCUUAUUUAAGUGUUAACUGUUGAAUUAAGACAAGUACAACUUUAAGAAUGAGAGCUGAAGAAUUAUUAAUAUUCUCUGCUUUAGUAAAUAAUGGAGAAGGGAAGGAAGACAGUCAAACUUGAAAUAAGACCUGCUUUGAAAAAUGUUUAAAGUAGUGCCAAAACUUUGAAGUCUUUUUUUUUAAAUUUGAAAGACUGAAAUUGUGAUUUUUUUUUUUUUUUGAGUUUUACUUUUUUUUUUUUAACCUAAAGGUGUUAACCCCAGACAGUGGAUUUUUUUCUAGAGGGAGAUAUGAACCUAUUCAUCAACACAAGAACACAUAAGGACCUGCUCCCAUUUCUACUCGGUGCUGAUGAAUUAUGCCUUGAUUUUUUUUUCCUAGGUGUUGAAUUUUCGAUUUCUUGGAUAUUUACAGAAGUAGAAAAUGUUUCGUCUUUCUGAGUGCCAUUUGUCUGCACUUUCAGAAGCUUGUAGGAGUGCUGUAAGAACCCUUAAUGUCAGUUUGACUAGAACAUCAAAAGACCUAGCUGUGUUAGUUUCAUCAAACUGAGUCUGUAGUUUCAUUUUUUAAUUUUUUGUAAAAAGGGUUUGUUUCAUGAUAAACACAAAGUGAGCCAGAGGAGAUAUUAGAGAAGGCUUUAAAUUUGAUUUAUUCUAGUGUCCCGCUGAGAGCCCUCGAGCAGGAAUGCUGUAGAGGACAUGACUCCUGAGAGGAAUCUGAACACACCUUGACCUUUCUUCUUUGGUCUGGUUAGUUGUUUGUGAGCCCAGGAUUUGUUUACUUCUGUUUUGUUAUCUGCCACAGUCCUGGUUUCCUGACUGUGCAGAAUCUGGACUUAAUUGUUAUCAGAAAAUGAUGCGUUUUUAUAAAAACACUGUAUAGGCUGUUUGCUGAUUAGUUCAGAUCCAUGUUAAUUAAUAAAUCAUUGAUGAAAAUAAGAAGCACUGGAACUAUUAUUUUUCUCAUUAUUUUUAAUCCCCUGUAGUAUUCUUACUGAAAUUUAGUUGAAAAUAUUUCUUUACAUUAAUUUGAAGCUGAGAUAUUGAUCUACCUACUGAUUUAGCAGCUCUUCAUGAUUUUAACCAGCACUAUAAAUGGCCUAUUCUUCAUAUGUAUGUAUUUUUGUAAGUAUUUAUUAAUAUUAAAAUAUCCCAUUCUGUA